CACCUAGCAAGGACAUUCUGCUAAAAUUCAGUAUGUCUGCCCAGGUGAGACUGCUUACUCUCAACAAGGGAGAGAACAAAGAGACGGUCCUCUUCAGACUGCAAAAAGGGUGGAAAUUACACUUUGUUCUUGGCCCUUCCCUGCAGGCAGAAGAUGUCCACGUCUUUAGCAACCAUCCCCAAAAUGCAAGCUCAACAUUUCUGCGCAACCAAUACAGAGAAAUACCUUGGCAAAGUCACAGUAAGACAAAGGCUGAUAGGUCUGACAGUUUUGCAGAAAUUGAUGUUGUUGUUGCGGGAUCAUUCAAUUAUUACUUCACAAUAAAUGGCAGCCCUGAUGUUGAGUAUGCUGAUGGCUGUGGCUAUUUCCUUGUUGAUCCCCAGCUCACUAGUGGCCCUGAAAAAGAACAGGUCAGUUUGGACUGUAUACAAUGCCAGACUGUGCUAACGAAGCUCUUAGGCCCCUUUCAAACAUGGGAAUCCAAACUUGCAGUAGCCAAGGAGACAGGUUACAACAUGAUUCAUUUUACACCUCUGCAACAGCUUGGACAUUCAGACUCAGCGUACAGUCUAGCCAAUCAACAUGAAGUUGAUCGUAGAUACGGUGCAAACAAUACAUCUAUUAAAUGGGAUGAUGUACAGAAACUCGUUUCUAAAAUGGAUGAAAGCUGGAGUGUUUUAUCAUUGACAGAUUUAGUAUUUAAUCAUACAGCUAAUAAUAGCCCUUGGAUUGAGGAGCAUCCGGAGUGUGCAUAUAAUGUCCAUAAUUCACCACAUCUAAGACCAGCUUAUGUGCUUGAUAGGAUUUUGUGGCAUUUUAGUAUGGAGGUUGCUGAGGGGGUGUGGACAGAAAAUGGAAUACCCCCUGAGAUCAAUUCAGAGUGCCAUCUACAGGCUGUACAGAAUGUAUUACUAGAUAAAGUUAUUCCUAAGUCCAACCUGAAUGAGUUCUUCAUCUUAGAUGUGGACAGUGUGCUGGAAGAGUUUAAGGCAUGUUUAGACAAAGGGUUGCCACCAGGGAGUAAUGGACAAGGGGAGAAGGAGAUGGAGGGGAAGGUGGAAGUCAAACAGGACAGCCAAUGGAGGAGGCUACAUACAACGAUCAACAUGGAUAAAGCUAUGCAAUUGUACAGAAAUGAAAAAUUUGAUGAUGGAACUAAAGAAGCAACCAUAGAAAAAUGUGUCAAAGAUCUAGAAUUUAAACUUAAGGAACUGAACAACAGCAUUCGUGAAGAAGUGCAAUCCCAUCUAACCCAGGCAGUCAACAAUUUUAUAGCCAAUGGGAGGUACAGGUUCUUGGCAGAUGAUGGUCCAAAAUAUGACAAGGUCUCCAAAAGUGAUCCAAUAAUGGAUAUGUACUUCACUCAUCCUGGUGAUUAUCCUGAACAUGGCAAGUCAGUCAGUGUAGAGAUGGAUGAGGUGCUAAGUUAUGAGAAACAAGGUGCUUGGAUGAUGGCUCACAAUGGAUGGGUGAUGAAUGAUGACCCACUGAGGAACUUCGCUGAACCAGGCUCGAAUAUUUACUUCAGGAGGGAGCUGAUAGCUUGGGGUGAUAGUGUUAAACUCCGAUAUGGUGACAAGCCAGAAGAUUGCCCGUAUCUAUGGCAAUAUAUGCUGGAGUAUACAGUCACUACUGCACAGAUAUUUCAUGGUAUUAGACUGGAUAAUUGCCACAGUACGCCACUUCAUGUAGCAGAGUACAUGCUAGAUGCAGCACGUAAGGUCCGGCCUGACAUGUAUGUCAUAGCAGAGCUAUUCACUUCUAGUGAACACACAGACAAUGUGUUCAUUAACAGACUAGGCAUCAACUCUUUAAUUAGAGAGGCAAUGAGUGCUUGGGAUGCGCACGAAGAAGGACGUCUUGUUUAUCGCUAUGGGGGUGAGCCUGUUGGUGCCUUUAUCCAACCUUCCACCAGACCCCUACAGCCAUCUAUAGCUCAUGCUUUGUUCAUGGACCAAACACAUGACAAUCCUAGUCCAGUAGAGAAAAGAAGUGUAUUUGACUUGCUGCCAAGUGCUGGUCUGGUAUCUAUGGCUUGCUGUGCGACUGGCAGUAACAGAGGAUAUGAUGAACUUGUACCACAUCAUAUCCAUGUAGUAAAUGAGACACGUGAAUAUGCAGCAUGGACAGACAGCAAGGUGUUAAAUAAAGGCUCAGUAAACCAAGGGAGUGGAAUCAUUGCAGCCAAGACUGCCCUAAACAGACUUCACUUUGAAAUGGGGGAGGCAGGAUUUACGCAGGUCUAUGUUGACCAGGUCGAUAAAGAUAUAGUUGCAGUGACGCGUCAUAAUCCUAACAACCACAGAACUAUUAUCCUAGUAGCCCGCACAGCAUUUAGUUAUCCUAGUAACCCGAACAAAACAGGAUUUGUGCCUCCACUUUGUGUCCCAGGUAUAGUCGAAGAGAUCAUAGUUGAAGCAAGAACAAUUUGUAAGGGUGCAUCUGAAUUCAAAAAAGAGGUCAGCUAUGUCAAUGGUGUUUCAAACUAUGGUGUGACCAUACAAGAGCAUGUCAAGCUUUAUGAGAGUGAUAUGGUGGAGCUGAAAGACCCUGGAGAUGGUCACUUGCAGGAGAUUGACUUUGUGAACUUUCCACCUGGCAGCGUUAUUGCAUUUAGAAUCUGCAUGAGUCCAGAGUCCAAGACAGCCAUACUUGCCAUAAGGUCAGCUCUAACACAGUUUGGGUUCCGUAUGAGAAGUUACAGUGGCUCUAACCUUCAGCAGACCCAGAGAGACACUGACUUUAAGUCAAUUAUCUCCAGGAUGAGUUUAUCAGACUUGAACCGUGUCAUGUAUCGCUGUGAUGCCGAAGAAAAAGAUGAUGGGAAGGGAUUUGCAGUCUACGAUAUACCCAAAUAUGGGCCUCUUGUCUAUUGCGGGAUUCAAGGGGUUAUGUCUUUGUUGACUAAGAUCCAUGCAAACAAUGAUCUUGGACAUCCACUUUGUGAGAACAUCAGGAAUGGAGACUGGCUUCUGCAGUAUACUGCCAACAGGAUGAAGGCAAAUCAUGGCACGAAGCAGUUAGGCCUAUGGUUUGAAGGAGUCUUUGAGUUCCUGGCAAAGAUUCCCCGCUACCUUGUCCCCUGUUACUUUGAUGCAAUUAUGACGGGUGCUUCUGUGUUGAUCCAUGAUGCCAUCUGGAAUCUUAUGGGGGAGUUUGUUAAAGAUGGCUCAUCAUUUGUUAGAGCACUUGCUCUGGGUUCAACACAGAUGUGUGGCAUUGUGAAAACUGCCCCCCUCCCCACAUUGUCUCCUAGUCUUAAUGAACCUAAGCCACCUACAAGUAUAGAUGAGAAAACUGGACGCAGGGUACAAAGCUGUAAUACACUCUCUGCAGGUCUCCCUCACUUUGCGAGUGGAAUUUUCCGUAACUGGGGCAGAGACACAUUCAUUGCUAUAAGAGGAAUGCUGCUGUUAACUGGUAGAUUCCAGGAGGCCAGGUAUCUAAUUCUUGCAUAUGGUGGGUGUUUACGUCAUGGAUUGAUACCUAACCUACUGGGCGAGGGUACGCAUGCCAGAUAUAACUGCAGAGAUGCUAUCUGGUGGUGGCUUCAGUGUAUACAGGAUUACUGCAAUCUUGCCCCCAAUGGAACUGAUAUUCUUCUGGACACUGUAUCUAGACUCUAUCCCCAGGAUGGCAGUGAAGCACAGAGCCCCGGAACUGCUGAAAUGCCCCUGCAAGAUGUGAUUCAGGAGGCCUUGAGUAAACAUAUUGAAGGAAUCAAAUACAGGGAAAGAAAUGCUGGACCUAACAUUGACAGGGAAAUGACUGAUGAAGGGUUCAACAUUGAGGUAGGGGUAGAUGACACCACAGGGUUUGUAUAUGGAGGCAAUAUUCACAACUGUGGCACAUGGAUGGACAAGAUGGGCAGCUCAGACAAAGCUGGCAACAAAGGCAAGCCAGCUACUCCAAGAGAUGGUUCAGCAAUUGAGUUGAUUGGCCUCUGCUACUCAGCAUUACAAUGGCUCAUACAGCUACAUAGCACAGGCAAAUAUCCCAACGACAGGAUAUCAACCUCAACAACAGAAAUAACUUUUAACAAGUGGAGUGAAAAUAUAAAAGAAAACUUUGAAAAGAAAUUCUGGAUUGAUACUGAGCCAGUAGCUGAGAAAGAGCCUCGACCAGAUUUGAUAAAUCGUCGUGGUAUUUACAAAGAUUCUUUUGGUGCUUCCCAAUUCUGGGCUGACUUCCAGCUACGGUGUAACUUCCCCAUUGCUAUGGUAGUGGCCCCUCAGCUAUUUACAGCAGAGAAUGCUUGGAUUGCCUUGACAACAGCAGAAACUGAGCUCCUUGGACCCCUUGGAAUGAAAACAUUAGACCCCACAGAUUGGGCCUAUGAUGGCAACUAUGACAAUGGAGAUGACUCUAGUAACAAGGGGAGAGCAAGAGGAUUCAACUAUCACCAAGGCCCAGAAUGGGUGUGGCCUGUUGGAUUCUUCCUACGUGCCAAACUUCACUUUGCAAAGAUCUUGGAGCAAUCUCAACCUGGUAUCUUGGAUUCCACCAUCAAGUUUGUGAGGUCAACGCUCACUAUGCAUCAUAUAGCAAUACAGAGUUCAGACUGGAGGUCACUGCCAGAACUCACCAAUAAAGAUGGUGCCGUUUGUAGAGACAGUUGUCCAGCACAGGCUUGGAGUAUGGGCUGUAUAUUAGAAGUCCUCUAUGACCUAGAACAACUAUAA